AUGCCCAAGGGUUUAAUACCGCUCAUGCUCAGCCCCAAGCUGACCGAGAGCUUCGGCCCCGGUCCCUCGAGGGCGAGCCUCGUCCAGCCCGCUGGCCAGUAUACCAUCCCUUGCGCCGCCAUCUCGCCCACCUCCCCGGCCCACAAGCGCAACGCCAGCGACGUCACACCCAUGAUCAAACUCUCCCGCCCGCCCGUCAGGACACCCAAGCGACUCUCCCAGCAGGUGCCCGCAUCACUGCCCGUCCUGCCCUUCACCUCGGCCGAGUGGAAGAGGGCCAUCGCAGAGAUCAAGAAGUGCUACGUUACUCGCCGGUAUCGCGCAUGUUCGGCCAGGUGUAAUGAGAUCCUCACAAACACCAAAGACCUGUCAAUGGUGCAGCCGGCCUACUUGAUCUAUCUCAACUUUUAUGCCGCUGCGUCCCUCGAGAUGUGCGCCCGCCCAUUGCAGCCCGGGUCGUCUUAUAGGGCGACCCUUCUCCAACAGGCGCGCGGCCAUUACAGUGCCGCGCAGUCAUUAAUUAAGCAGGCAGAGGAAGUCGCCGUCGCCCAGUCUCGGUCGACAUCUGCCGCCUCGUCAUUACCCAGCCUGCACUCGCCAUCAGGCUCAGUCUCGUCCCGUGCGUGGACCCCAGAGUCCUGCUUGAUGGCGCCCACCUGGACCCACUCCAGGAAGUCGAGCCUGCAGCAAGAACCACGCUCGGGGGGCCGGGAGAGGCCCAAGAAGAAGGUCUCAUUCGAGCUGCCCAAGGACAAGGACCGGUGGUCUUUCCGGCUGCCCGAGCCCAUUGUCCGCCCGGACUCACCAACACUGGGCUUCGACGACGAAUACUUCGCCUCCGGGGCGUCACGACAGGACCUCCCCGAACUACCCUUGGCGGCGGGCAAGCGGUGGUCUGAGCAAGACAUCGAGUUCGAACCCCUCGAGGUCAGCCCCGCGUCAUCCCCACCGCCCAUGCCGUCCAUCAGUGAGGACGAGGAGCCCAGCCCGUCCAGCUCGCCCUCCUCGGAAGGCUUCGGGCCCGACGCCUGCCCCUUCGGGCAAUUCGGCGCCGUUGACACCGAGUCAGCCCGCAGCGUGUCCCGCUACUGCGAGACCCUCUCCUCUCUCAAGACCCAGGUAGACAGCCACAUGGCCUCGCUCAACCAGCUGCUUCAGUCCGACGAGCAGUUGCUGCAGCACAACCAGCUCCUCCAGUCGCCGCUGCUGUACGACGCGACGGCCGUCGAUGACGACGAGGAGGCGCGCUCGCUGGACCGCAUGGCGAGGAUCGACAAGCUGCGCAUGAACGGGUGGAAGAGGAAGAGGUUCGACGCGAGCCGCUACGAGUUGCUCUGCGAAACGGCCAUGGCUGAGCUCAACGCCAACUAA